AUGCUCUUCUCAAUACUCUUGUUUGUAACAGCUGCUGCAGCUGUAGCCAUUCCCUCAACUCCCAUCUCAGAACCAACUACAACACUCAACAUUCUCCCCCGAGAAACUUCAACAACUCCACCAACACCCAGCACAUUCUCCAAAACGGAAUACAUCACCAUCGAAGGCGUCACAAACUCUGUCCUCACUAUUCCCGGCAAAACCAUCGCAAUCGCCACCGUACCGACAUGCAUUCAAACUGCGGUCCCCGAUAACAACGGAUACAUUCCGCCUGGUGAAUGCGAUGCCCUGUGGAAUUAUUAUCCUAGUUUCGGGGCAGCUCUCGCCGUGGCCUGCCUGUUUGGAUUCUUGGUCGUUGUGCAUAUUUGGCAGGCUGCCAUGUUUAAAAAGACGUGGUGCUGGGUCAUUAUCAUGGCGACUAUCUGGGAGAUGACAGCCAUGAUAUUCCGUACAUUAAGCUCCAAGAACCAGCAGAGUAAAGGACUGCUUCUCGUGUUUCAAAUAUUCAUCCUCCUCGCACCUCUUUGGGUCAACGCAUUCGCAUACAUGACCUUUGCAAGAAUGGUUCACUACUUCCACCCUCGUCGAUCCAUCCUCCGCAUGCCGGCGUCCAUCAUCGCCAUCGUCUUCGUCUUCCUCGAUAUUGCCUCCUUCGCAGUCCAGCUUGCCGGUGGGAGUAUGGCCAGCCCCGGUUCCGCGCCGGACGUCCAGCAAAAGGCAUUGCAUAUAUACAUGCUUGGAAUAGGGUUCCAAGAACUCAUCAUUGUGUUGUUUGUCGUUUUGUGCGCCAUGUUUCAGGUCCAACUAUCUAGGCUUGACGGCGGGCGAAGUUGCUCUCUCUUCAAAGCGCACUGGGGACCACUUCUUUGUGCGUUGUAUUUUUCACUUGCCAUGAUUACUGUUCGGAUUGUUUAUAGACUGGCUGAGUUUUCGAGCGGUAUUCGGAAAAACAGCGCGUUGGUUACGAAAGAGGCGUAUUUUUACAUUUUGGAGGCUGGGCCGAUGGUUUUGGCGGUGUUUUCGUUUGUGGUUGUGCAUCCGGGGAGGGUUAUGACAAACCGGGCACUGGAAAUGCCUGGUGUUUUUACUGUUUUGAGGAAUUCGUGUGCAAGGCGUAAGGGCAAGGAGUUGCUGAGUGAUUCUGGCUCUGAGACUGAGUUGGCUGAGGGGUGGAGGGUGAGGAAGGAUGAAAUUGCUGCAUAG